AUGGAGGAAGACAAUCAACAAGAGAACGGGGUGCAGACCACCAAAGAUUCUGACCGCCAACUACGCUUGAGGCUUUGCGUUUUAAAUGAAAUUCUGAACACUGAAAGGGAUUACGUGCGGACGCUGACUUUCCUUCAAUCGGCUUUCCUGCAGAGAAUCCGCCAGACCACAGAUGAUCAGCAGUGCCUCACUCCUGAACAUGUCAAGAUCCUGUUCUCCAACAUCGAGGCCAUUCUGGACGUCCAUCGCGAGGUGUUGGCUGCAGUGGAGACCAGCCUCCAGCCAGAACCUCAGCCCCACCACUCUCUCGGACACGUCUUCCUCAAAUUUAGAGGCGAUUUCUCUGUGUAUGGAGAAUACUGCAGUAACCACGAGAAAGCGCUCCGGCUUCUGAUGGAGCUCAAUAAAAUUCCCCACAUACGCACCUUCCUCCUGCACUGUAUGCUGUUAGGAGGGAAGAAGAGCACAGACAUCCCCUUAGAGGGUUACCUGCUCUCCCCAAUCCAGAGGAUCUGCAAGUAUCCUCUUCUGCUUAAGGAGCUCCUGAAGAGGACCCCGAAAAAGCACCCUGACUACCCGGCCGUGGAGGAGGCUCUGCAGGCCAUGAAGGCGGUCUGCUCCAACAUCAACGAAACCAAGAGACAGAUGGAGAAACUAGAAGCCCUGGAACAGCUACAGUCUCACAUAGAGGGAUGGGAGGGAACAAAUCUGACAGACAUCUGUACUGAGCUGCUUCUCCAUGGAAACCUCCUGAAGAUCUCAGCAGGAAACAUCCAAGAGAGAGUCUUCUUCCUCUUCGAUAACCUGCUUGUGUACUGCAAGAGGAAAUCCAGGGUUUCUGGGAAGAAGUCUACAAAGAGAACCAAGUCCAUCAAUGGUCCCCUCUAUGUAUUUAGAGGCAGAAUUAAUACGGAAGUGAUGGAGGUGGAAAAUGUUGAAGAUGGAACAGCGGACUACCAUAGUAAUAACUACACUGUGACCAACGGCUGGAAAAUUCACAACACAGCCAAAAACAAAUGGUUUGUGUGCAUGGCCAAGAAUGCGGAGGACAAACAGAAGUGGCUGGAUGCCAUCUUGAAAGAACGGGAGCAAAGAGAAAGUCUUAAGCUGGGCAUGGAGCGAGAUGCGUAUAUGAUGAUAGCUGAGAAAGGGGAGAAGCUGUACCACAUGAUGAUGACCAAGAGCCGACACCUCAUCAAGGACAGACGCAGGAAGCUCAGCAUCGUGCCCAAGUGCUUCCUGGGAAAUGAAUUUGUUUCGUGGCUGUUGGAGAGUGGAGAAAUCAGUAAAGCAGAGGAGGGCAUCAAUUUGGGCCAAGCUUUACUCGAAAAUGGCAUCAUACACCACGUGUCGGACAAGCAUCAGUUCAAGAACGAACAAGUGCUAUAUCGAUUCCGCUAUGAUGACGGUACUUACAAAGCUAGGAGUGAGAUGGAGGACAUCGUAUCAAAGGGAGUGAGGCUCUAUUGUCGUCUCCACUGCUUGUUCACGCCUGUAAUUAAAGAUCGAGAUCACCAUCUGAAAACCUUCAAGUCGGUCGUCCCUGCCAGCAAACUGGUGGACUGGCUUCUGUCUCAGGGAGACUCUUCUACACGAGAGGACGCGGUCACGCUCGGGGUCGGCCUCUGCAACAACGGUUUUAUGCACCACGUUCUGGAGAAAAGUGAGUUCAAAGAUGAGUCCCAGUUCUUCCGCUUUUAUGCCGAUGAAGAGACAGAAGGAACCAGCUCCAAAAACAAGCAGCUACGUAAUGACUUCAAACUCAUAGAGAACAUCUUGGCCAAGUCUUUAGUGAUCCAUCCAGAUGAAGAGGACUAUGGCUUUGAGAUUGAAGAGAAGAAUAAAGCCAUUGUGGUGAAGAGUGUGGCCAAGGGAUCAUACGCAGAGAUGGCCGGUCUACAGGCAGGCAGGAAAAUCUACUCCAUCAAUGAAGACCUGGUGUUUCUGCGGCCUUUCUCCGAGGUAGAGACCAUGAUCAACCAGUCCUUCUGCAUACGUCGUUCCCUGCGUCUACUGGUGGCCACCAAGAACAAGGAGAUUGUGAAAAUUCCAGACUGUCCAGACGCCCUAUCCUUCAAACUCUGUGGUGACUCCCCUCCAUAUGUGCAUGCUGUAAGGAAAGGAUCUGAAGCAGCAUCAGCAGGUCUCCAACCCGGCCAGUGUAUCCUCAAAGUCAAUGGCAACAACGUCAGUCAUAGCAACUACCUGGAAGUCCUGGACCAUUUUAGCAGCCAUCGACCCGACCUGGAGCAACAAGAACCGGUUGGUUUAGGGAUUUUUUUUUUCUCUUGGGUGUACAGAGUAUUUGAUGAUGUGGAGGAGCAGUCCUCAAAGCAGAACGUGUGUAAUGAAAUGAGAUGUUCAGCUAACUUUGAGUUUUCUACAGAUGUUGUUUCUUGGUUCCCUUGUUCCACAGACUCUGUGAGAAGUGUCAGACGCCUGUCCCUCAACGAUAACGUGCCGUUGGUCAGUCUGACUGUGGAUAACGUUCACCUGGAGCACGGUGUGGUGUAUGAAUACGUCAGCAUGGCCGGUAUCAAGAACCACGUGUUGGAGAAGAUGGUUGAGCCAAAGGGUUGCUUCAGUUUGGCUGCAAAGAUUCUGGAAGCGUUUGCAAAAGAUGACAACCAUUUUGUGAAGAACUGUCGGCACCUGAUCUCUCAGAGUGAACGAGUGGUGACCAUGCCGCAGUAUGAGUUCAGACACAUCUGCGACACCAAACUGGAGAGUAUACACAAACGCAUCUGCAACUACCAAAACUUUGCCAGAGAGCUGCAGAACAAAGCCUGGCCCGCCUUUAAGCAGGCCAACAACAAACCCCAUGUGUUGAGCUGUAUGGAUUUUGUCCCCACCAACUGCCACCUCAACCUAAUGCAGGUGUCCUGCCCCAAAAGCACGACGUCUGCUGGCCGUACCUUCAGCAUCCGUUUCGGCCGCAAAAACUCCUUCUUCGGCCUCGACCCGGAUCAAGCCAACUUGAACCCCAUGUCUCACACAGUCCACUGUGUGACCAGCAUGGCGGCCCCAGCCUGGAACUGCCUGGGGCUGACCGAGGAAGAGGACGGGGACGGAUGCGACGGUGGGCGAGCCCAGGAGGAAGGAGGCCUCAGUUUCCUUCUCAAACAGGAGGACACAGAGAGCCAGGACGCCUACUUGCAGCUCUACAACCGGCUCAACAUCGCUGUUCGCGAAGUGAAACAAUAUGUGACCCAGAUUGACGUGCUUCUCCUCUCUAUCACGGAACCCACGCAACCUCAGGAGGGGGAGCCCCCAGCUUACGAGAGUGGCCCCUCCAUCUCCCCAGUCCCCGAGGAAGCAGAUUCUGAUAAGACGGAGCAGGGUGGGAACAAGAGAGUGUGUUUCAAAGUGACAGAGGAUGACCAGGAGGACUCAGGCCAUGAUACCAUGAGCUACAGAGACUCCUACAGCGAGUGUAACAGUAACCGUGACUCCGUCCUGUCGUACACCAGUGUCCGUAGCAACAGCUCCUACCUUGGCAGCGACGAGAUGGGCUCUGGGGAUGAGCUUCCCUGUGACAUGAGAAUUCCCUCUGAUAAACAGGACAAGCUGCACGGAUGUUUGGAACACCUUUUUAACCAGGUGGAUGCCAUCAAUAGCCUUCUCAAAGGGCCAGUAAUGAGCAAAGCCUGUGAAGAGACGAAGCACUUUCACACUGACCACAGCCAACCAGCGUUUCGUAACACAGAAGAAUGGACAGCUCGUUCUCGCUCCGCUAUUAACAAGAACAUCCAGGAGGACCCCUGGAACCUCCCCUGCUCCAUCAAAUCACUCAUAGACGGCCUGCAAAAAUUCGUGGAAGAUGGGAAGAACCAGCUACUGUUAGCUCUGCUGAAAUGCACAGACACGGGGCUGCAGUUACGGCGGGAUGUAAUUUUCUGCCAGGCCCUGGUGGGGGCGCUGUGUACGCUGGCCGAGCAGCUGCUGACAGCGCUGGAUCUGCGAUACAAUAACAACGGCGAGUACGAGGAGGACAGCAAGGAGGUGAGCCGAAAAUGGCUGGAGCAGAUCGCCACCCUCGGAGUGCUCUUCAACUUCCAGUCCACGCUCUCGCCCUAUGUGAGGGCAGAGAGGACCAUGCUGGAGGAUACAAAAGCGGCCCUGCAGGACCUGGACAAAGUCAGCGUGUUUUUCCGGCAGCUGGAGAACGAGUGCUUAGUCGCAAACACUUCAGUGUGUUACCAUGUGGAGGGCAGCAGACAGGCCAUUAAGGUCACUCUGUACCUGGACAGCUGUCAUUUCAGUGAGCUGCCCACGCGACUUAAGAACGGAGGCAGUCUAAAACUGCACUCUGUCCUCUUCACUCGAGCAUUGGAGAGGCCUGAGGCAGUCUCAUCUCAAGACUUUGUUGCCAUGGAGGAGUUUCAGCAGCGCACAAAUGCCGUUUCCCUGGAGAAGGUCAAAUGUUACUACCGUAAACUCAGGGCUUUCUAUCUGGAGAAAUCUAACGCAGACACCAACUCCACUGCUGUGAAAAUAGACCAGCUCUUGCGCCCACUCAACACGCUGGACGACCUGUAUCGUCUGAUGCAGACCUAUAUGAACGUGAAGCCCAGUGCAGGGGGUCAUCCGUCUGGGGUCAGCGUCCUGCUGGUGUCCUCGGAGCUCUGUAACCGCCUCGGUGCCUGCCACAUCACCAUGUGUGCAACCGGCAUGCAGAGGUGCACUCUGACUGUGACUCUGGAACAAGCUGUCAUCCUGGCCAGGAAUCAUGGCCUCAUGCCGCGCUGCCUCAUGCAGACCAUGGACAUAAUGCGUAAACAGGGCACAAGGGUAGACAUUUCUGCCAAAAAUCUUAAAGUAAUGGACCAGAUGCCUCUCUCUGCACCUAGGCUCUUCAAGCUGUGUCAGCCACCUUCGGACGGGGAUCUUUAAGAAAAGGUGAUGUCUUUGUUCAAUGCAUGUUCGCUUUACAAAGACUAGUUCAGUGAAAAGACCACACCCCUCUGGAGGAUCGAGGCUGGAGCUCGGUCAUGGAGCUCCCUCUUCUUGCUCCAGAAACGUUCAGACAAACUCACCCAAGGUGGGACAGGUUGGCGUCCAGAAACACGACCGGCAACGAUGCAGCGUUGUUGUGACCACAGGCUAGCAUGGAUAGCUAUGCUAGCUCCCACUGCAAAACUGUCAGCUUCUCCUCUAGAUGGGGAGGAGGAAAGGAAAAAAGAAAAAAAAAAAGAGAGAAAAACAAAGGGGGAGGGUGUUGGAGGGUGCUUGACCCUGUUUCCGAGGGACGUUCUCUCUGCAUACUCAUCUAUCUCACCUGUAACUACCUGUUUUAACCUUAUGACCUUAUGUUUUCUGACUUUGCCUUGGACUGCAGCGCGACGGAGUUUGACAAUCUCUCGGGCUGGUGUAGUCUGUGGACGAGGACGAGGUCAUAGCCCCUCGUUUUAUUAACGCCUGGAAUGUGUGGUGAAUGUGCAAUUACUGUAGCUUAACGUUGGUCGUAUGUACGUCUUUUAAAACAAACAAAAAAAAAAGGAGCAUUAUUUUAAUUUCCCAUCUCUAUCAGGUAUUAUAAAAAAUCAAACUAAAUGCAUUCCAACCUAACAACCAGAACAGUAUUACACGGACCAAUCUGUGCUGAUUUUAGAUCUAUUCGUUAGUCUGUACAGUAAAUGCCUUUAUUUUAUUGCUUUGUCUUUCUCUCGAGAUUGAUUAAUUACCCCCUCGUUGCACGGCAGGGAGAGCA